AUGUCUUGGGAUAAAGCUACGGUCCUCAAGAGACUCGAAGUUCCUCAAAAAGAGGAAGAAGCCGAAAUUUGGCAAAACAGUACAUGGUUGAAUCGAGAUAAUGUACCUCUUCCAGCCUCGAGACGAAAUUGGGGUCCUUGGGCUUAUGCUGGAUUCUGGAUCACUUCCGGUGUGAACGUUUCCGGUUGGGCAGGUGGUGCCAGUUUGAUGUCUUUAGGUCUUACAGUCAGUCAAGCGAUGAUUGUCAGCAUCGUCGGUCACUCCCUCGUAGCAGCAGUAGUCUGGUGUACAGGUCAAAUGGGUGCUCAUUGGCAUGUCGGUUUCCCUAUGUGGAACAGAAUGGUUUGGGGUAUGAGAGCCUCUUAUUUCCCUCUUAUCAACCGAAUUAUUUUAUCUUUCACUUGGAGUGCCACUCAAGGUUGGCUCGGUGGUCAAUGUCUUAAGACACUAAUUGGUGCCAUGGCUCCUGGUAUCUAUACUAUGAAGAAUACGAUGCCUGUUUCGACCCAUAUGACUUCAGCGGAUUUCCUCUGUUUCAUGUUAUUCGUUUUGAUUACGAUUCCGUGUGUUCUCAUUCCACCUGAGAAACUUCGACGACCUAUGAUCUUCAUUGCCUCUUGUUCAACUAUCACCGCAUUCUGUAUAUUCAUUUGGGCACUCGUCCGAGCGGGUGGUGGUGGACCUUUACUCCAUUCAGAAGGUUUGAAAUUGGUCGGUGUCAAACCUGCUACCGGAGCCAAUCUCGCUUGGGCACUCUUCCACGGAUUUUCAGUAUCUUUAGGUGGUGUCUGUGCUGGUAUCUUGAACAUGUCGGAUUACACUAGAUUCGCUAGAAAGCCUAAUGAUCCAUUGAUCUCUCAAGCCGUUGUAACUCCCAUCACAGGUGUAUUGGUCACUAUCAUUGGUCUUGUCUGCGCGUCUGCAGGAGCGAAACUUUAUCCUACCGAAACUCUACUCUGGGCACCUUAUCGAUUAUUGACAGCUAUUCAAAUUCACGAAGGAACAAAAGGUGCAAGAGCAGCUGUAUUUUUCGCUUCACUGGUUUUCACCCUUGCUCAAUUAGGUAUCAACAUUCCUGGUAAUUUAAUGGCCGGUGGUAUUGAUUUGACUUCAAUGCUUCCUAAAUAUAUCAACAUCAGACGUGGUGCCUAUAUCACAUUAGCCAUGUCGAUCGCAAUGAACCCUUGGGCUUUAAUGUCUGGAGCUACUGCUUUUAUCUCAGUCAUGUCCGGAUACGCAGUUUUCCUCGGCCCAAUGACUGGAUUGAUGGUGUUCGAUUACUUCUUCGUGCACAACCGAAAAGUCAAACUCAGCGCUUUAUACGAUGCUAGCCCCAACUCCAUUUAUUGGUAUCAAAAGGGAGUCAACUGGAGAACUUUGAUCGCAUGGGUCAUGGGUGUGUGGCCUACUUUCCCCGGAUUCUUAUUCUCUGUUGGAGCCAAAGUCACCGUCUCUAUUACAUGGAUGAGAAUCUACUACCUUUGUUGGCCUCUGGGAUUCACUAUAUCAGGUCUCACUUACUUGAUUUUAUGUAAAAUCUUCCCAUUACCUGGUAUUGGUGAAGUCGAUGAUGAAGACAUCUUUGGUACUUUCGGGGAAAGAGAUUUCAUGGCUCCUGCUGUCGAGCACGAGGGCGACGAUGAGAAAAAUCAUGAUUCAGAUGACAAGGACCUCGAGCAUAAUUUAGUUGCUGUAGUCGCUCUCAGAGAAUAA